AUGAGGAAAAGUAGAGAGUUCCAGCAAUGCAUAGAUGAAGCAGAAUUGAGGGAGGUAACCUUAUAUGGGAGUGUUUUCACUUGGUGGAAUGGAAGGAAUGGGGAACAAGCAAUAUGGAAAAGAUUAGACAGGUGUUUUGUAAAUGAACAAUGGGAAACAGAAUUGCAAACACAUGUACAACAUCUGUCUAAGGGAACAUCUGACCACUCACCAUUAUUGAUCAAACUGGAACCUCAGAGAAGAUUGGGAAGAAAACCUUUUACAUUUUUGAAUGUAUGGUGUGAUCAUGAGAAGUUUAUGGGAGUGGUCAAAAGGUCAUGGGAAGAAGGAGUGGAUGGAAAUGCAAUGUAUACAUUCAUGACAAAGCUAAAAAGACUAAGGGCAGUCCUAAAAAGAUGGAAUUGGGAGGUGUUUGGGGACAUAUUUGCAAAAAUUAAAAAAUUAGAGGGAAUGGUGAGGGAGGUGGAAUGUGAGAUGCAAGACUGUCCUUCUGAAGAGAAUGUGAUCAAAUAUAGGAAAGCACAAGCUGAAUUGCAAAAGCAAAUUGUGAUUGAAGAGAAAUACUGGCAAUAG